CGUGAGUGUCGUCAAAAUGGUCGGGAUUGGAGAUUCAUGACUGUCUCUUGCUCUUGACUGUGACUAGCGACUGGCUCGUCAGCUUCCAUCAGCGCACGGCUUCGCGUCAAUCUCGCCCAAGACCCAACGUCAAUCUCAUCCGCAAGUUUGCUCGCACUUAUCGCGACAGUCUCUCAGCGUUCUGUUUGCCUUGAUCACGACCUCGUCCAGGCACACACGGGAGCAUGUCGAGAGGGCCACCACAACGCUCGCGCUCCGUGCGAGCAUGGUCAGAUCCGCGAGCGUUGGCAAGCGCAGCAGGUGUGGGAGGCGCAGUGAUAGGUCUAGCAACUUUAGCUUGGGUAGCUUGGAGCUGGUCAAAUAGUCGCGCCUCUCCUGGCGAUCAGGCGGGUGGAGAUGGUCGCACUGUUGGAGGUGCCUCUGGCAGUCGGACACGAGACGGACAUGGCGCAAAAGGCAUUCCAAGCUCCAGGCCUACACUGUCCCUCGCGAUGCCUCAGACGGACGAGCCAACCUCUGAGUACCUCUUACGCAUCAGAGAGCUGCUACUGCCGGUCAUUGCACAGGUCUUCUCGGUGCACCUUUUGCUGCCAGCUGAUCAUGAAAGCAAGUCGGAUGCCGAGAUACUUUCGUGCAUACAGGCGCUCAGCUCGAAGCUCAAAGAUAUCGACGGCUACGAUGAGCGGCGGACGAUGCUUCACGAGACAGAGUCGGGCAAGUUGACACUAGCCAGAGCUAUCAAGUGCGAUGCCCACGUCGAGGUGCUCAUGGAUUCAAGCCGCCACGAGGAAUGCACCAAAACCGAUAUGGACGCGUAUCACGAUGCGAUAUCCAGAUUACGCAAAUCGACCAGCUUGCUCGUCUUUCUCGUCCUUCCUGACCCAGGUCAUACCGCGUCACAAGACAAUGGAAGGAUCGACUCUUUCUUGAGGCCGUACUCGUCAGGAACCAGAAUGGCGAGGGGGGACGCGGAAGUGAGGGUAUUGGAUUUGAGGCAGACGUCGCCCGCUGAAAGGGCUUGGAGAGAAGGAGCAGAGCGGCUCAGUGCAUUGUCGAAGGGAUGGAAGUGAGCAAUGCACAUCUGAGCUUGCUCGCAAGUACCGGAACACUUCGAAACCUUUGCCAAUGUUGUGUGCCGUUCCUCUUAAGCCAGUGAGUGCGUUCGAGCAACACUUGCUUUUACGAAAGUACGCAUUGCUGGUACAGCUUGACCAUCGUAGACUUGAUAGAGUCUUCAGCGCACCAUGGUCCACUCAAGAGUCUUGAAUGUGAGCUCGGAGCACAGAGCUGAGACAUGUGAUAUCCACUUUAAUCGCGUCGAAUGUACUUCCAGCUGCACUCACCAAAUCGUGAUCCGUCUCUGGCGCAGGGGCGUCUCUGGCGCAGGGGCUAUUGCGAUCCACAGACGCGAUCUCUACCUCGAAACCGGCGGGAAUGUGAAGCGAAAGGGCGACCGU